UUAUUGGGUGAAUGAAUUUAUAAACACAUGAGCGAGCUCGACAUAUCCCUCUUGUCCUCUUCCAAUUUACGCGCAAUCCACGCACAACAAAAAAGAAGAAGAAGAAGAAGAUAACAAUACACAUAAAAAUAAGAAUUGAAGAUAAAAUAGAAAAACCUCAGGAGAACUUCCUUACCAUUUACAAGAUGUCGAGAAAUGAAAAUGCCAAGGCACAACCCACGGAGAAAUCCAGUUUUACCCGGAGAUGUAGUUUGCUCAGCCGUUACUUAAAGGAGAAGGGUAGUUUCGGGAACAUAGAUCUUGGGUUGGUCCGAAAACCCGGUUCCGAUCUCGGAAGCUCCGACCAACCAGGGAAACAACAUGCAAUGCAUAAGGCAGAUUCGGAAACCAAAUCACUCGACGUCUUUCAGAGGGUUUCAAAGGGCGAACCCUCUAACUCAUCCGGUGACAAAGCUAAAAACACCAACCUCAGCGAAUUAAAUUCAAGAAGUUCCCAGCUGACCAUAUUCUUUGGAGGAAAAGUUUUAGUAUACAAUGAGUUCCCUGCAUACAAAGCUAAAGAGAUAAUGGAAGUGGCAAAACAAGCCAAGUCUGUGACUGAUAUUAACACUCAUACACAUAUCAAUGUCGAAAAUAACAACAACAACAACAACAACAAAAGCAACAUGGUUCUUCCUGAUCUCAACGAGCCCACAAGUUCUGCGGAUGCUAAUCAACAACAACAACAGCAAAGUCAGAUUGUGGAACGUAUAGCACGUAGAGCUUCACUUCAUCGUUUCUUUGCUAAACGGAAAGACAGAGCUGUGGCUAGAGCUCCAUACCAAGUUAACCAAAACGCGGGUCAUCAUCAAUAUCCUCCCAAGCCAGAGACUGAACCCGGUCAAACGCUAGAACCGGGACACUCGUCUAAACGACCAGACAAUUCUGUUGCUCAAACCGUGUCCCAUCCCAAACCAAAAGGGGAUAAAGAUAUUUCUAUGGAGAUUGAAGAAGAAGGCCAAUGUUCGAAAGAUCUCCAACUUAUGCUCUAGUAUAAUUUGCUCAAUAUUUGUUAGGUACUGAGUUCUUAGAUUAACAAUUCGAUCCCCUGGCUUAUUUAAGUGAUUUUUGUUUUGCUUUGUACUGAAGUUUGUAAUCAUAGUCUAACUUCAAUAUUUACUAUGCGAUAGUAAAUUUAUAUUAUAACUUAUAUGUUAUCACAUA